GUUGGGUCGCGUUCGCUAGCAUGACGAUAUCGAACAGAAAUUCUAAAGCCGUCACGUGAUGUGACCUAGUGACGCUAGAGCUUAUCAGAUCUCUAGUACUCAGGACGUGCCGCCCGUUGAUACCAUGCUUGCUUUUUGGGAUCAUUGACUACCAAACCCCGCAAAGUGCUGCCUGACUACUCCCAGACUCCAGACCCUUCUGCGACACUGUUACGUGGAACUUGCUGCACUUGACUGUUACGGGUUGCCGCACCUUGUUUGCUGACAUCUCUCGGCAAACGCUAUCAUCGCCGGAACCUUGGAACUGUGACCUUGAACCGAACCCAACUCUAUUUCAUUGACAUUCGACCGUUUCUCCUCCAGUGCAUCUUGCACUUCUUCCCUUUCCAUCACUUACUUCCAUCAACCUGAAGAAUUUGCAAUUAUGGAUACCCUACUUACCGCUGAGAUAUACGCAAACUCACCCCGCUUCCGGCGGCGGUCGAGCACUUUUGUCGACGCAAUCCACGACUUACCCACCAAAGAGGAAAUGGCUCCCGCUCAACUCUAUAGCACAGAGUCAGGCCGCCUGUUCCAUUCCGGUCGUAUAGUCAUCGCCACCUGCGGACUGCCAGCUCGAGGAAAGACACACACAUCCGUCGCCUUAGCCCGUUACCUCCGGUGGCUGGGUGUCAAGACGCACGUGUUUCAUCUUGGCGACUACCGGCGCGCUACGCUAGGUCCGGACAACGAUGUGCCCGACGACUACUUCUUUCUGAACGCAUCACCACAAUCUGUCCUACUACGUAACAAGAUCCUGAAAAAGUGCCGUGAGGACAUCUACCACUUUCUGGAAAACGACAAGGGCCAGGUGGCUAUUUACGAUGCCGUCAAUGCAAUCAGUCAAGGCCGGAGGUCUUUAGCGAAAGAAUUCGCCAAGAACGGGAUCCAGACAGUAUUCAUCGAAUCACAUUGUACCGACGAACGCAUCAUCCAAGAGAACGUCCGUCGGGUCAAAAUCUCUUCGCCAGAUUACCAAGGAUGGAAGGACGAGGAUGCGGUUCACGACUAUCUAGCACGCAUCAACGCGCGGAUACCGCAUUUCGAGACCAUGGAGGAGCCAGACCUGCACUGGAUCAAGAUGAUCAACGCUGGCGAGCGAGUGGUGGUCAAUAAUUGCGCUUUCGGAUAUCUGUCCCAACGCAUCGUCUUUUACCUGCUUAAUCUUCACAUCAAGUCACGGCAAACGUACUUUGCUCGGGCUGGAACUACGCGGGAGGAGGACUCGUACAAAGCGGACGCAGAUCUGUCACCAGCAGGUCAUGAAUAUGCUAAGAAGAUGAGCGAAGUGCUCUUGAAGUACCGCGAAGAGGAGAAGCAGAAGCUGAUUGAGUCGGGAGCAACUGAUGCAUCGUUGAAACCGUUGACUAUCUGGACUUCUACGCGCCGCAGGACUGUACAGACGUCAGAGGUUCUAGCUUCCAUGGGCUACCGCGUCAGACAGCGGUCGCAAAUGAGCCAGAUGAACCCUGGUGUAUGUGAGAAGAUGUCAGAAGCCAAGAUCCGCCAGGAGUUCCCCGAGGAAGUGAAGAAGCACGAAGCAGACCCAUACCACCAUAGGUAUCCGCGCGCAGAGUCAUACCACGAUCUAGCCGUGCGCAUGGAGCCCAUCAUUCUAGAGCUUGAGCGUGAAGAGAACGAUCUUCUCAUCAUCGCUCACGAGUCUGUCCUUCGUGUGCUUUACGGAUACCUGAUGGCAUGUAAUGCAGCCGACAUACCCAAGCUCGAGUUCCCUCGCGAUGAGAUCAUCGAGAUCAUACCCUCCUCCUACAACAACGUGGCAAAACGCAUCAAGAUCCCCGAGCUACCCGAAUCCAUGGUUUCUGGAAGCCCCGAAGAUAUCCAGAUCCCCGUCCCACCAAGCGGAGCCGUAAGUCCACUAUCUGGAAUGGGUACCCCACAAGCUGGUUCCGGCACUGCGACACCCCAACACGGCGUGCAACCCCUGAAUCUGAAGGCACAUAUUAACCCUUCUUCUUGAUCAGGUGCGGUAUCGGUGUCGGUACGGCGCUACAUUUGAUAACGAGCGGGCGAGCCAACAGACGGACUAUGACACGGAUUGAGGAGCAACCGUUUUGUUGGUGUGGCACGUGCAGCGCAAUGAAUGGCUUCUGGGUAGACGAUGAGGAUUUCGGCAUGAGUACACGGACGGACAUUUGUCUGGGCGUUGGGGUGCAGUGUAUUGAAGACCAUCCUUAGAUUACACUUAGCUUCUUGACCUGUUAUUCAAUAUCCUUAUGAACAUG